AUGGAGGGAAGAUAUGAAUCAGUUGAGGAAGCAGUUACAUCUAUAAAAUUCUGGUUGCAGCAGAUGGCCUCUUCCAUAAAUAAGGUUAAUGUCCUUCCUUCUCAUGAUGCUAGAAUUUUGUCUGAUUUGGACAUUCCAUGUGUGAUGCAACGUUGUGGGGGUGUUAUUAGGGAUGAGUUUGGGAAAGUUAUGGCUGGUUUUACAUCUCAAUUAGGGGAGGCUACUAAUACAGAAGUAGAGUUGAGGGCUAUUAUUGAAGGUUUGAAGAUUCAUCCUUUUGAGGUUCAUCCAAUGCAUCAGUAUAUGGAAGGUAAUCAAGUGACAGGUACAUUGGCAAAAUUAGGUGCAAAAGGGCAUAUACAGAGGUUUUACUCGCACAUGAAGCUAUCCAAAGUUGCUCAUGGACUUGUCCGUUUAGAUCGACUUGGAGUAGCUUAUAUUCGUAGUUGA